AUGCCUCGGCCCGGCCGCAACACGUACAGCGACCAAAAGCCGCCCUACUCGUACAUCUCGCUGACCGCCAUGGCCAUCCAGAGCUCGCCCGAGAAGAUGCUGCCGCUGAGCGAGAUCUACAAGUUCAUCAUGGACCGCUUCCCCUACUACCGGGAGAACACGCAGCGCUGGCAAAACAGCCUGCGCCACAACCUCUCCUUCAACGACUGCUUCAUCAAGAUCCCGCGGCGGCCAGACCAGCCCGGCAAGGGCAGCUUCUGGGCGCUGCAUCCCAGCUGCGGGGACAUGUUCGAGAACGGCAGCUUCCUGCGGCGCCGCAAGCGCUUCAAGGUGCUCAAGUCCGACCACCUGGCGCCCAGCAAGCCCGCCGACGCCGCGCAGUAUCUGCAGCAGCAGGCCAAGCUGCGCCUCAGCGCGCUUGCGGCCUCCGGCACGCACCUGCCACAGAUGCCCGCCGCCGCCUACAAUCUGGGCGGCGUGGCGCAGCCCUCGGGCUUCAAGCACCCCUUUGCCAUCGAGAAUAUCAUCGCUCGCGAGUACAAGAUGCCCGGGGGGCUGGCCUUCUCCGCCAUGCAGCCCGUGCCCGCCGCCUACCCGCUCCCCAACCAGUUGACUACCAUGAGCAGCUCGCUGGGUACUGGCUGGCCGCACGUGUACGGUUCCGCGGGCAUGAUCGAUUCGGCCACCCCUAUCUCCAUGGCUAGUGGCGAUUACAGCGCCUACGGCGUGCCCCUGAAGCCGCUGUGCCACGCAGCAGGCCAGACGCUGCCCGCAAUCCCCGUGCCCAUCAAGCCCACACCGGCCGCCGUGCCCGCCCUGCCCGCGUUGCCUGCGCCCAUCCCCACCUUGCUCUCGAACUCGCCGCCCUCGCUCAGCCCCACGUCCUCGCAAACAGCCACCAGCCAAAGCAGCCCCGCCACUCCCAGUGAGACGCUCACCAGCCCGGCCUCCGCCUUGCACUCGGUGGCGGUGCACUGA